AUGAGGGUCCCAGGCUGCGCGACGCUCUGGGUGCUGCUGCUGGAGCAAGUCUGCGUGCAGCAGGCACCUGCGUGCGCGAUGGAACCCGCAGCUGCAGCGGCUGGAAGCCCUAGCGUCCCGCAUCUGCCCCCUCCCCCGGAGCGGCCUGGAGGAAUGGAAACCGGCGAGUAUGACCUGGUGUCUGCUUAUGAGGUUGACAGCAGAGGUGACUACGUGUCCCAUGACAUCGUGCACCACCAGCGGCGGCGAAGGGCACUGGCCCAGCCAGGAGGUGACUCUCUGCACCUCCGGCUGAAGGGCUCCAGGCAUGACUUCCAGGUGGACUUGAAAGCCUCCAGCAACCUGGUGGCUCCGGGGUUCGUGGUGCAGACCCUGGGGAAGAGGGGCACCAAGGCCGUGCAGAUGUUCCCACCCGAGGACUUCUGCUUCUACCAAGGCUCCCUGAGGUCCCACRGAAACUCCUCCGUGGCCCUUUCAACCUGCCAAGGUUUGGCCGGCAUGAUCAGGACCGAGGAGGCCGACUACUUCCUGACACCUCUCCCUCCMCACCUGGCAGGGAGGCUGAAGGGCCCUGAGCAGGGUGGGCCUGCCUCCCACGUGCUGUACAAGAGAGCAGUGGAACCCCAGGCCCCCCAGGCGCCCCCUGGCCUGCUGCUCACCAGGACCGGGCAGCCAGCCAGCCCAGGCCUGCAGGGCCUCAGUGACCACCUCGGGCUCUGGCACGGGCAGCACUUCUGUGGAAGACGCAAGAAAUAUGCACCCCAGCCCCCCACGGAGGACCUCUUCGUCCUUCCCGAUGAGUACGAGUCUGUCCCCCGGUGCCGGCGCUCACUCCUCAAGUCCCACCGGAAUCAAGAGCUGAACGUGGAGACCUUGGUGGUGGUCGACAGGAAGAUGAUGCAGAACCACGGGCAGGAGAACAUCACCACCUACGUGCUGACCAUCCUCAACAUGGUGUCUGCUUUGUUCAAGGAUGGAACCAUAGGGGGAAACAUCAACAUCGCAGUCGUAGGUCUCAUCCUUCUAGAAGACGAACAGCCAGGGCUGGUGAUAAGUCACCACGCAGACCACACCUUGAGUAGCUUCUGUCAGUGGCAGUCGGGAUUGAUGGGGAAGGACGGGACUCGCCAUGACCACGCCAUCCUACUGACCGGCCUGGACAUAUGCUCCUGGAAGAACGAGCCCUGUGAUACUCUAGGAUUUGCGCCCAUAAGUGGAAUGUGUAGUAAAUACCGCAGCUGUACGAUUAAUGAAGAUACAGGACUGGGACUGGCCUUCACCAUCGCCCAUGAGUCUGGACACAACUUUGGCAUGGUCCACGAUGGAGAAGGGAACAGGUGCAAGAAGUCAGAGGGCAACAUCAUGGCCCCCACGCUGGCAGGACGCAACGGAGUCUUCUCCUGGUCUCCCUGCAGCCGCCAGUACCUGCACAAGUUUUUAAGCACUACCCAAGCAGUGUGCCUUGCUGACCAGCCAAAGCCUGGAAAGGAAUACAAGUACCCCGAGAAGCUGCCGGGAGAGUUAUACGAUGCAAACACACAGUGCAAGUGGCAAUUUGGAGAAAAAGCCAAGCUAUGCAUGCUGGAUUUUAAAAAGGAYAUCUGUAAAGCCCUGUGGUGCCAUCGCAUAGGAAGGAAAUGUGAGACGAAGUUCAUGCCGGCGGCAGAGGGCACCCUGUGCGGGCAGGACAUGUGGUGCCGCGGAGGACAGUGUGUGAAGUAUGGUGACGAAGGCCCCAAGCCCACCCAUGGACAUUGGUCGGACUGGUCCCCCUGGUCCCCCUGCUCCAGGACCUGCGGGGGCGGAGUGUCUCACAGAGACCGCCUCUGCACCAAUCCCAGACCAUCGCACGGAGGGAAGUUUUGUGAGGGCCCGACCCGCACCCUGAAGCUCUGCAACAGUCAGCCAUGUCCCCAGGACAGCAUGGACUUCCGCGCCGCCCAGUGCGCCGCGUACAACAGCCAGCGGUUCCGGGGCUGGCACUACAAGUGGAAGCCUUACACCCAGGUGGCAGAUCAGGACUUAUGCAAACUCUACUGUAUCGCAGAAGGAUUUGAUUUCUUCUUUUCUUUGUCAAAUAAAGUGAAAGAUGGGACUCCAUGCUCGGAGGAUAGCCGUAAUGUUUGUGUAGAUGGGAUAUGUGAGAGAGUGGGCUGUGACAACAUCCUUGGAUCAGAUGCUGCUGAGGACUCCUGCGGGGUGUGCAAGGGAAAUAACUCAGACUGCACGACCCACAGAGGCGUCUACACCACACACCACCCCACCAACCAGUAUUACCACGUGGUCACCCUUCCUCCUGGAGCCCGGAGCAUUCGCAUCUAUGAAAUGAACACAUCCACCUCCUACAUCUCUGUGCGCAACGCCCUCAAGAGGUACUACCUGAACGGACACUGGACUGUGGACUGGCCUGGACGAUACGAAUUUGCAGGCACUACCUUCCGCUACAGGCGGUCCUACAAGGAGCCCGAGAGCCUGACCGCUGCCGGGCCAACCAACGAAACRCUGAUGGUGGAGCUCCUGUUCCAGGGAAGAAACCCAGGCAUUUCCUGGGAAUACUCAGUGCCCCGGUUGGGUGCUGAGAAGAAGUCCAUCGCUCAGCCCAGCUACACCUGGGCCAUCGUGCGGUCUGAGUGCUCCGUCUCCUGUGGAGGGGGACAGAUGGUCACCAAGGAAGGCUGCUACAGAGACCUGAAGUUUCAAGUUAACACAUCCUUCUGCAAUCCCAAGACCCGACCCAUCACGGGGCUGGUGUCCUGCAAAGUCUCUGCCUGUCCCCCCAGCUGGUCCGUGGGGAACUGGAGCACCUGCAGCCGGACGUGUGGCGGGGGCACUCAGAGCCGGCCUGUGCGGUGCACACAGCGGGCGAACUACAAGACGCAGACUGUUUCGGCCAGCCUGUGUCCACAGCCUGUGCCCUCCAGCCGGCAGGCCUGCAACUCUCAGAGCUGCCCACCUGCAUGGAGCACCGGGCCCUGGGCAGAGUGCUCCCAAACCUGCGGAAAGGGGUGGAGGAAGAGGGCCGUGGCCUGCAAGAGCACCAACCCCUCAGCCAGAGCACAGCUKCUGCCCGACGCCACCUGCACCGCGGAGCCCAAGCCCAGGACUCACGAGCCCUGCCUGCUGAAGCGCUGCCACAAGCACAAGAAGCUGCAGUGGCUGGUGUCCGCCUGGUCCAAGUGCUCUGCCACGUGUGAGAGGGGGACCCAGGAACGAUUCCUAAAGUGYGCUGAGAAGUACGUCUCGGGGAAGUACCGCGAGCUGGCCUCCAGGAAGUGCUUGCACGUGCCAAAGCCUGAYCUGGAGCUGGCGCGCCCCUGUGCGCUGUUCCCAUGCCCUGCGUACCCCCUACAGGCUGCCGCAGGGCCCCCACGGGGCASCUGGGUGGCCUCGCCCUGGUCCCAGUGCUCAGCCAGCUGUGGGGGAGGUGUGCAGAGGCGUUCUGUGCAGUGCAUGGCAGGGGGCCGGCCAGCCUCCGACUGCUCACCACACCAGAAGCCUGAGUCCUCCCUGGCCUGCAACACUCACUUCUGCACCAUCCCAGAGAAGAAAGACACCUUCUGCAAAGACUACUUCCACUGGUGCCACCUGGUGCCUCAGCAUGGGAUGUGCAGCCACAAAUUCUACGGCAAGCAGUGCUGCAAGACUUGCUCCAAGUCCAACCUGUGA